ACAAAGCAUCUGAAAGCAACCUCGAAAAUAAAAUUGCAUCGAAUUGUUCGGUUUAGAUCUUUGUUUUUAAGCUAAUUGUAGCCACAAAAGUAACAUUUGUGACUAAAGUAAUCAUUCCUCCAUCAACAUGGACGACCAAGCUUGUCCGCGUUGUAAGACAACGAAAUACAGGAACCCGUCUCUGAAGCUGAUGGUAAACGUGUGCGGUCAUGCCUUGUGCGAGAGUUGUGUUGAUUUAUUGUUCUUGAAAGGAUCUGGCUCAUGCCCUGAUUGCAAUGUGCCACUCCGCAGAAGCAAUUUCAGAGUUCAACUUUUUGAAGACCCUAUGGUUGAAAAAGAAAUAGACAUCAGGAAGAGAGUUCUCAAAGACUACAAUAAAAAGGAAGAGGAUUUUGCCACAUUACGAGAGUACAAUGAUUAUUUAGAAGAAAUUGAGACCAUUGUCUACAAUUUGACAAAUAACAUUGAUAUUGUGGGCACAAAUAAAAGAAUAGAACAGUAUAAGAAGGAUAAUAAAGAGCUGAUCAUGAAAAACAAAGCCAAAAUUGGUAGAGAAGAAAUAGAAUUAGAGGAGAUACUAGAAAUUGAAAAGCAGAUGGAGGAGCUUCGUAGAGCAGAACUAGUCAGGAUGGAGCAAGAGGCCAAGAAACAGAAGAUACGGGAGAAGGAAGCACUUAUCGACGAGUUGAUGUUUGCUGAGGGGGACGCUAAGGAUAUAUUGAACACAUUCGCUCAGACGAUUGCUAGUAAUAAACAGGAGGAGGCUUUGCCUCCUAUGCCCAAGAUAACCCAGUUCUCAACUGGAGUCAAGUUCACCCGUGGCCUAGACCAGAACCCGAUGGUGACGAUCGAAGAAGGUCCUCUGUACCGAUACGAGGCGCCUCCGAUCCCAGACCGAUGCGGGCCCGACCCACCUUCUCUGCAGGAAAUCAACACGCAAGGAUACUUGCGGCAUGUCAAACGGGAAACAGAAACAGAAAUGGCGGGCGGCUACACAUCGCAGCUGCCGUGUCUACGCGCGCUCCAAGACGCUUUGGCCGGACUAUACCACGCCAGCUGACCCGACCCACUGCCCACCAUAGUUCUGGACUAGUAUCACUAAACGCGUAAUUCACGCCCGUAUUCACAAACAUUACCAUGAGGUCUCACAGUGCGCGUGGACGCACAGAACAUACGAACCAGUC